AUGAAGGCCAGCUUGGAGCAAGUCCAAAAAACACUCAAUGUUGUACGGAUUCUCAACGAGCACGACAUACCUUGCUGCUGUGUUGGCGUCUCGGCUCUCAAAUUCUACGGCGCCAAUCGCAUGAGGAGUACCUGGGAGAUAUGCGUACCUGCCGACCAAGUUACGGCAGCCGAAAAUCUCUUUCGAUCCGAUGAUGCAUUUUCUGUCCUUCCACCAAAAGGCUUUUGCCCCGGUUCUCGCAUAGAUACGUAUAGUGUGUUCGGGACACGAGAAAGUCACCACGAAUUUCUCAUUAUGCCCGACUACGACGUGCAUUUGGACUGCCGUUCGCUCGAUAUAGUCCACAGCCUUCGUGGGCUACCCUAUCCCAGUCUGAAAGCUUUUGCGCAGAGCUGCCUAGACAGGCGCAAUCAGCUGGAACUGUGUGAUUUGAUUGACGGGAGUAAUGUAUCCGAGGAGUGGGGAGAAGAGAAUCUGGAUUUAAACGGCGUGCACGAUGUUGACUGGGUACGGACCAUGCAAGCCAAGAAAGGUAGCUGUCGCCGUUGGUGGCCGACUCGUCCAAAGGAGAAGCGGGCCGUUUGGCAGGACUUUGUGCGAACCAAGGAGCAGAGAUUAGACGACUCGCGACCACCGUCAAGAAAUGUCGAAUACGUCAUGAAAGACAACUCCUGGCAAAGAAAAUACGAGCAACACUUCCAAUGCGCGUGUAUUAACACGACCUAA